AUGAGGCUCACCUUCCAUUUCGAGCGCGUCGGCUGGCCGCUGGCGUCUUUCUUGGGCUUGCUGGACUUGAAGACCGGCGUACAAAUAGCGCUGUACUUUGCCAUCAUCAAUAAGGUCGCCGGCGUCUAUGGCCUCAUCGCCUUGUUGACCGGUGCGGGAGGCACCGUGGCACAACUCAGCUUGUACAUAUACUCUGUCGGCGCCCUGGUUGCCUCUAUCUGGGCUAUGCGAGCGGUGAAUGAGGAAGACCCGAAACGGACAUUAUACUUCGCCCACCUGUUCUUCGCCGACCACAUCCUCAACACCGUCUGGACAGUCUUCUUCGCCGUAGACUGGUGGGUCUACACCCCACACGACGGGCGCCGCAUCGCGAACAGCCCAGCGCAAGAAGCGCUCAUCGACGGAUACAUCGGGAAGCACAUUGAUUUGGCGCCCGCGGACCGGAUCGUUGCGGCCGAGACGCUGUGGAAGGAGGAGAAGAAUGUCGCGAUGACGAUCAUUGUGCUCGGUUGGCUGUCAAAGUUCUACCUCGCAGCUUUGAUCUACUCCUUCGCACACCACCUCCGUCGCGGAACAUACCGCUCCCUUCCUCUCUCGCGCUCGCAACCUCCACCCAAAGAGACGCUCUACCAGCCAACCUCAGCUUUGCCAGCCGUCUACGACGAAGAAGACGAUGCGCCGGAUGCGUUCUACGCGCGUUCGCCCGCAACGCCUGUCUUCUCGCCCAUCAACCCAAGUGUAUCGCACGAGGGUCACAGAGGGACACCAAGCACUGGCACAUUCGCGGAAUUUGUGGGCGCGCCUAGGACGAGGGGAAACGGGGCGAGGAGUGCUGGCGGAAGCACGGUCAACCUGACGGCAGAUGUUGGCGGGAGGGUAUGA